GUGGGCAUAAGUACCCUGCCCUUAGAUUAAACUCUACCUCCGAUUCUCUCUCAGCAUAUCGUAACAUAUUUGUUUAAUUUUGCCGAAAGCUAUAUCCUUUCCUUUCCUUUUCAUCAUUUCUUCACCGUCCAUACCUCUUCGGAAAGAGCAAAAUAACUUGCAAGCCCAGAAGUAAGCAACCCUUUGAACAAGCGCAGCGGAAAAGAAAGAAGCAACCAUGUCUUCCCCAAGCAAACGCCGAGAGAUGGAUUUGAUGAAACUGAUGAUGAGUGAUUACAAGGUGGAGAUGAUCAAUGAUGGCGUGCAAGAGUUCUAUGUGGAGUUCCAUGGACCAAAAGACAGUACAAUCUUCACUACCCUCUUUAACCCUUUCCCCUAUUCCCUGCUGUUUUGAUCUCUUAAUAUGCUUUGUUAAUUUGUCCCGAGGUGAUGAUUUGUCUGGGUUCUUUUCCUUCUUCCCGUAGUUGAUUGAUUUCGCAGCUGUGUUGACCUUAUUUAGAUGGGUUUAGUGAUAGAUUCGUCGUUGGAGAUUGCUAUAGAUAACUGAGUCGCUGUUUUUCCUUUUGGUUAGUCAGCUGGCACUAGGGUAGUUGCCAUUUUGAUUGUAGUAUAAGUAGGUGCUGAUGUUUUCGUGGAUUUAGUCCAGUUCUCGAGUUCUUGUUCGAGGUGCAGUUUAGUUGUUCUAUGAUUUCCUCAACAAAAACUAAUGACUUGGGGAUUCUUUACUGGAUAGAGAAGAUGGGUUCUUUUUGUUUCUUCAUCUUUCUUUUUUAAUGUUUGCUUUUUGGAAUAUGGUAGGUCCCUAUCAAGGAGGAAUGUGGAAGAUUAGAGUGGAAUUACCAGAUGCUUAUCCUUAUAAGUCUCCAUCUAUCGGAUUCAUUAACAAGAUCUACCACCCAAACGUGGAUGAAAUGUCUGGUUCAGUUUGCUUGGAUGUUAUCAAUCAAACUUGGAGCCCUAUGUUUGAUCUGGUGAAUGUAUUCGAGGUGUUUCUCCCUCAGCUUCUUUUGUAUCCCAAUCCAUCAGAUCCUUUGAAUGGAGAAGCUGCUGCUUUGAUGAUGCGUGAUCGCUCUACUUAUGAUCUCAGAGUGAAAGGUAGCCCGUCUAUUAAGUUUUUCUGCAUGCCUUGUCGUUUGAUCCCGAGAUUGAUGUUUGGUUGAAUGCUUCCAAAUUUCACUUUCUCAUGUAACACGUGCUGAUACAACAAAUAGUUUCGAAUUUGAGAUGCAAGUUUGAUAAAUACAGCAACUCACCUUCUUCCUUCGCUUUUAGAGGCUUGGGAUCUGUUUAGUCCAAACUAGGUAACCAAGUUGCCAGUCGACUUCUCAGUAUUUAGAUUAGGAACUCAGUCUUCCUGUAGCUAAAGUGUGCACAGCAGCAGCAUCUCUCAAUUCUGCAUCUCGUGUAUCAGCAUGAUUUUUCUAUUUCCAAGUGGCUUACUCAUGACAUUUGCUCACAUAAGUCAUUGAUUGCUGCUACCUUCUCCAGUAGAGUACUGUGAAAAGUAUGCAAAGCCAGAGGAUGCUGGGGCGAAACCGGAAGAGAAAUCGUCGAGCGAUGAGGAGCUGAGUGAAGAUGAGUAUGGUUCCGAGGACGAGCAAGUUGCAGGGAAAGCUGAUCCUUGAUUGUAUACUUGUAGCUGGUGCCCUGCUCUUUACUAAUUGUCUGCAAUCCUGUACAUGAUGACUUUAAAUGUUGUUGAAAGAUUGAAAUGAAAUCCCAAAGAAAAGAUCGGGAGAAGAAGAGAAAAGCUGAAGGGAUGAAGGGGAAAAUUUUCUCUACCCCUUACAGUCAUGAACUUUGGACCCUUUUGUGUAUAUUGUUUCAACUCUGUGGGAUUUAUGUUUCGUAUUCAUUUACUACUCUUUGCUCAUUUGCUUUGUUUUAUUAAUGCAUUUCAUGAUUUUCUAUGGUUUUUUUUUCUUUUGCUUUGAAGAUGGUAUAUUGGUGUUCUCUGAUUUCCACUCUUAUUUCUCAAAGAAAACAGAUAUUGG